AUGGCGACUGGCAAGCGCCUCGCAACUCCAAGCGAGGCCGCACACGAGCAGCAGAAGCAUCCGCAGUUGAAACCGGACGGCGUCGUGGGUGUUGAUGAUACUCUUAUGACAGAGCCGCAGGAGCUGCUAUUGUUUGAGAUGCACCACCACCAGCAAAUGGCCAAUGGUGACAAGGCGGAUGAAGACGCAGACGUCAACGUUAAUGCCACUACGGAUAUGGGUGAGAAGCUGUUGAUUCCCAAAGUUCGCACCUUCUCCAUGCUGGACGCCGCCUCCACGUCGCAGCUGGGCCGCUAUUUGGAGGAUGAGGAAGCGUUGCACCCGCCUCUCGAGUCCACCGGCAGCGGUAGCUCGCUGCACACCUCUCUAUUGAGCUCCAAUGGAUCGGUAGUGCCUCGCCCACCGCAUAGCAAAAACCUUGUAUUGGACCCCGAGUCCAAUGGCUCUGUUCUCCAGGCUGCGGUCUCGUCAGGCGCAGAGGUUGUGGAAGUCGUGGCCGAGCAGAGCUGGCUCAUCACCAAGCUCGCGGUGCAGCUGAUCUGGGCGCUGCGCAUGUCCAAGCGCUGGAUCCUGUGCGCGCUGCGUCUGAUCUCAUUCGUCUUCCUGUUGCUACUCCCGAUCGUAAAAGUCGCGAUCUACUGGUUUUUCGAUGAGAACGUGCACAAGAAUAUUAUCUACGGACUCAAUCGACGCAACCUGCUGGAUGUGUACACGGUACCACAAAUGCAAAAGGAGGCAGACGGGUCGUCCUCCCCGACUAAGUCGCGCAGUGCCAGUGUCACCAGCACUGGCAGUGCGAGCUUCACAGAGGCGAGGUAUCCUGUCGUCGUGUUUGUGUCUGGAGGAGCCUGGAUCAUCGGUUAUAAGGCGUGGGGCGCGCUUAUGGGACGCGUGCUGGCAUCGCUCGGAGUGGUGGUGGUCAUGCCCGACUACCGUAAUUUUCCCCAGGGUGUGGUUCCCGAUAUGGUCGAGGAUGCCACGCGUGCUAUGCAGUGGGUCUUUGACAACAUUCACCUCUUCGGUGGAGAUCGCGAGAACGUCCAUCUCAUCGGUCAGUCGGCCGGCGCGCAUCUUGCCAUGUGCACAUUACUAGAACAAGUCGAGAAGAAGCGCAACGUUUCAUCAAACUCUGCUGCGUCGCCAAGUAGCAGCCUUGGUGGAAUGGGCAACACGUCGGACUGCGAAAGUAUCGAGAGCCUGUCACCACUAGCACAGCCGAUCACGUGGAACCUGCGGCAGGUUCGCAGCUAUAGCGGCAUCUCCGGACCGUAUAAUAUGGAGGCUAGUAUUGCUACUUUCCACCGCCACGGCUUCGACCGCGCGGUGGUAGAGCGUAUAAUGGCGCACCGGUUGGCGUACUAUUCGCCGUCCUUGCGGUUAUUAGCGCUGAGUGAGCUGCCGUUGCGAACACGCCACACGCUGGUGGAUGACUUCCCGCCGUGCUUCCUGUUCCACGGCACUGCCGACAAGACGGCUUGUAACAUCCCCGUAUCCACGCGGUUUUUCGAGGGCAAGACGCACACAGACCCGAUCAUCGAGGACCCUAUUGUCGGCGACGAUUUCCUGCUCGACGACGUGAUGGCCGCGCUGAAGGCGCAAGCGCCGAUCGAUCCGGUUACGGGCAAGCCGCGCUACGAGUUGGGUGCGCGGCCGCAGGAGAAGCGGUACUACCCCAAGCUGCUCGUAACGACAGCACCGAUGAGAGCAAUGGCCAACACGCCGGCUAUGGUGGGACCCACGAAAGACAUCGUGGUAGGGCCCUCGUGGUGCGUUCCGGUCGCUUCUGCUGCCGAGGCUGCCGUGUUGAUCGUGGCGGCGUGUUGCUCAGGCCCCGAGCUGGAGUCACUGGCGCUGUCGGAGCUGGAACCGCUGCAGUCGCUUCUCGGGCGCGAGCGGCGCCUCGGCCGACGCGGAGCCGACGCAGGCGACGGCCACGAGCAAGAGCAGCAGAGUGGCGAAUUGGAGCUGAGGUCCAGCCAUGUCGGAAUGCAAAUAUAUUCGGAAGUGUGCGCGCCUGGCCAAACUUCUUCAGGCUUCAGUCAAGUGGUUCAGCUGCUGCACGAGAGAGGCGGAAUUCGAAGGAUGCCCACCGAAGUCGGCGGUUUCCGCAUGCUGUGA